AUGGGCGAGGAAGCAAUGGUCGUGCCCACCGUGGCAGCAGCAGCAGCGACAACGAGCGGCGCCCCGCCGCACCUGCUCCUAAUCUGCUUCCCUGACCAAGGCCACGUGAACCCGAUGCUCCGCCUGGCGAAGCGCAUCGCGGCGAAAGGUCUCCUGGUGACCUUCUCCUCGGUCUCCACCGUCGGCGCGAAGCUGGCCACGUCCAGGGGCGUGUCGGCCGGCGGCGACGGCGUCGCCCUCGGCCGGGGACGCGUCCGGUUCGAGUUCGUCGACGACGAGGACCUCGGCCCUGACCUGGACGACCUCAUGCGGCACCUCGCCAAGGAAGGACCGCCGGCGUUCGCGAAGCUGCUGGCGCGGCAGGCGGCGUUCAGGGUAGGAUGA